CUGCUGCAGCUCCUCCGGCGGCUGCUGCGCUACCUCGGCUGGCCGCACCGCCAGGUCGUGUUUUUUGAAACUCCCUUGUUUGGCAGAAGUAUCAGUCGUACUCUCGGAACAUGCCUUCCUUCAGCAGUCUCAUCAGGAAGGCAUUUCCAGCAGUUACAUGCUGUCAUAAGGAAGUAUCGGGCCAAGGUCAUAUCUGUUUGCCAAAAAAAGGAGUAUGGAUCUACUCGAAGUAUUGUUCGUAGACUUGGGACAAUUCUUUCCUUGGAGCCCUAUCCCAGACCUUGUUUUCAAUUUGUUCGAGACCCAGGUCCAUUGGGUUAUGAUGAGCAAAGUGCAACUCCAGCUGCUGUGGCUCCAUCACUUGCUGAUGUCCUUUGGGUGGCAAAUGAUGAAGGACAAGGAUGUACUAGAUUUAGGACUGAAUUGAGGAGAAAAGAGAAAAGUACAGCUCUUCCUGAUCCACAUCCAUGUCUGGAUUCAAUACAGAGCAUUCCGAAAAACAGUGUGCAAAAGGACAGUGUUGAUCAAACAGCGCUCCAGAAAAUUUCUGCACUUGAAGAUGAGCUGACCUUUCUUCGUGCUCAGAUUGCUGCAAUUGUUUCAGUGCAGACCCUGGGAAGCGUUCCCUCACAAGCCUUUAAAACACUCAGCACUCCAGAUGGAUUUUACCCACUGCCAGCCAUGACUUCUACGCCAUUGUCCGUCUCUCACAAUCACUUUGUAAUUCCCUCGCCUCCUCCACUUCCUUCUGGUGCACCAUCUGGUGUUGAUGCUAGUAAUUCUGCACUGGAACUGAUCAAACAACGCCGAGCUGCAAGAAACAGUGUUUCAACUGUAGCUGACAGUACUGAUCACCAGAGGACAAAGAACAUUCCCAGUAUGAUGGAUGUUUUGAAAGACCUGAACAAAGUUCAGUUGCGAGCUGUUGAGAGGUCUCCUGGAGGUACUCCUCUUUCUAGACCCAAAAAGACACAAAGUUCAGAUUGGGAUCCGGUUGCUCUACUAACUCAUGCUCUAAAGCAGAAAUUUGCACAUGGAAAUGAUGAAGAUGAUGAUUCUCUGGACAAAGAAAAUAAUUCUUUUGAUAGCUCUCCAUUUUCUAGUCCUGAGGUGCCAGUGGUUGGACGCUGGAGUAUGAAGCCAAAUGCAAAACCCAGCCUUACAAGAACUGAUGGAGUUAAGCAGGUACCAGCAUGGAAAGCGAGAGCUCAUAUUUAGUGGAGACUUCCAAGGAAAGUUCAGUGUCUAUAAGUGGUGGGUCCACUUUGAAACUGCUGUAAGGUGCUGUAACAUGUUGUUCUAGAACAUACCUCUCUUAUGCUGUUGAAGUUUGGGUGCUGCAGUGUUCUCUUCUCUUUGGUUUCUCAGUAGCCAAACUUUUGGAUGUGGUGCUUUUUGAAUGUGGUGUGAAGCACAGAACUGAGAGAAGCAAUUGUAUAGCUAUGGAGCAGUGUCUUUGGAACCUGGGAAAUUCAAGAAAGCAGUGUGUGUGUAGGGGUAAAGCAAAGAUUCAUUGCUGUGGGAGCUGAUGUAUGCUCUCUUUGCACUCCAGUGUAAAUAACAAGGAAGUGUAAACUUUUUGUUACUGUGUUACAACUACUGUAGAUAAUGGUAAUUCCUUUUCACGAGAUUGGCAUAGUUGUCUUGGUUUUCUUAGGAGUUUGCUGAUGCAACUCAUUCCAUGUGCAAACAGUUUUCUAAUUUAUUUUGGGUCAGGAGAUUAACUUUCAUGUUUGUGGAACUUUGUGCUGUAAAGAAACUGCAGGUCAUCUAUUAAAUGCCUGUAAUAUGAGGGAUUUGCAUUCUGAGGUAAAAAAGACCUUGCAGAGAGAUCUGCUUGCACACAGUCUAAAUUCCAUAUGUAAGUAAAUAUUAAUUCCUAUCUUGGCAUGUGCAUCUGAACUCAGUUUUGUUCACAAGAGUGUACAAAAUAAAAUUCUCUUUAUACUGUAAA